GCGCUAGAUGUUGGAUUACAAGGGACGUGGCAGGACUUUCAUUCCUCCUUUCUCGGUCGCGUGUGAACAAUAAGGCUCGGCGAAAUGGUCCUCCCUCGAUCAUAUUUGCGCGGGCGAGUGCUUCUGGCUCUUCUCUGCUUGGUUUGCGUGGGGUUGUUUAUCUCAAGGCGAGAACAAACGGCUUGGGUAGCUCAAACGCGCCCGGCGCCCCCGGGCUCAACCGGCGGACCCCUUCAACAAGCAGAUGCCUCCCACGCCCUCGAAGGUCACAUCGCUUUCUGGCGCCGGUUCCAGCACCUCCUCAUCAAAUAUGGACCGAAAGCCGAACCUCCACUCCGGUUGGACAAGGCCCCGUCGAUUCGAUUCGAGCAGGCUAAACCGGAUUUUCGUCCCCAUGUGCUGGACAUGCUGCCGGAUGAUGUGGAAAAUAUGAAGUUAGCCCACGCGGGGUUUGUCAAGGACAUCACGUCGAGUCCACCCCAGUUACAAUACACGCCAAACACGAGGGGCUUGGUCUCGACCGCAGGGGGGGCCUACCUCCCGGUCUUGGUCAUCUCCCUUCGAAUGCUACGAAGGACCGGCUCGGAGAUGCCGAUGGAGGUGUUCCUCGCGGACGACGAGGAGUACGAGGGCUACAUCUGCGACGUGGUUCUUCCCUCCUUGAACGCGCGGUGCGUGGUCCUGUCGCACAUUCUCGACGCUGUCCCGAUGGAAGCAGAAAUCCACAAGUAUCAGUUCAAAUUGUUUGCCAUGAUGUUCUCCUCGUUCGAGGAGAUCCUCUUCCUCGACGCCGACGCAUUUCCCCUGUUACCCCCCGAUGACCUCUUCACCCACGAACCCUUCAAAUCCAGUCACAUGGUCACGUGGCCGGACUUCUGGGCGACCACCAUCUCCCGGUACUAUCACGACAUCGUAGGCCAACCGAACCCAGUCCAGGAUAUCCGACAGUCGAGCGAAUCCGGCGAACUCCUUCUCUCAAAGAAGACGCAUCAGAAGACCCUACUCCUGAGCACGUACUACAACUUCUGGGGCCCCGACUACUACUAUCCCCUACUGUCGCAAGGCGCAUCCGGGGAGGGCGACAAGGAAACCUUCGUGGCGGCCGCGUUGGCGCUCGGAGAGCCAUACUACCAAGUCUCGGAGCCCAUCUGCGCAAUCGGCCACCGCACCAAGGGCGGCAUGGCCGGCUCCGCGAUGGUCCAGUUCGACCCCACCGAGGACUUUGCGCUGACCCGCAACGGACAGUGGCGUGUGCGCGGCUCCAAGGCGCCCUCCCCGAAGGCCUUCUUCAUCCACGCCAACUACCCCAAGUUCAACCCGGCGACAGUCUUCGACGAUCAAGACGUCACGCCGACCUUCGCCGACGACGGCAGCUACACGCGCGCGUGGACGAUCCCCGAAGACGUCAUCGGCCAGUUUGGCUCGGACAUCGAGAAGGCCUUUUGGCGGGAAAUCCUCUGGACGGCCACCGAGCUCGAAGACAAGUUCGAGUCGUGGCGUGGCAAGAAGGGAAUCUCGAAGACGACCCGGAAGUAUUGGAAUGCCGUCUUCGCAGAUAAGCGCGCCAAGUAGAGUCUCGAGAGCGAUAUUACAAUCGAUUCUUUU